CAUGCCUGACCUGGAUUGCUGUAAGCCUCUGACAUACCGAAUGUGCAAUGAUCCGUGGAACUGUGGCUAGUGUUUACUAACACAAUAGUAUACACACAUGUAAAACACAUGUAGAAUAAAGAUGGCAGAAUUCCUCCUAAAGAUAUUUACAGUUAUUUACUACGUCCAAGGCGUGGUAGCGCGAUCUCUUCGGACGCAAGAACAGUCGGGAGAGUUUCAAACAUCCUAUAUCUUCUGCGCUCUCACUGGCAUAGUCUUAGUUCUGUUUGCAGUGUUCUUAUGUGCAGAUGUCCCAACAGACACGGAUGUCCAUCAUAAUACAAACGUAAAUGUUAGUGUAGGAAAUGUGGAAAAAAAGAGGAAGAAAAAGAAAAUUCAUAAGAAAAUACACCGAACUAAAAGCACCGGGAGCAUUAUUUCUUCCAUUAUUAGCAGUUGGGCCAGUACUUCCGAUUCUGACUCAGAUCAUCAAGGAGAGGACAAGCCUGCAGUUGACGCUUUCGCAGUUGAAAUAGAAUCGGUUAACCUUAGCGAAAAAGACCACGAGACAAGUGACAAAGAAACGGCUGAGAAAGGGAGUCCGGAAUUAGAAACCAAAACCUUGGAUGAAAAGGUAGAUACUGAGUCAAGAAAAUCAUCGGAAUCCCAUCCAGAACCCGACACAAGGGAGUCCGACGCUGAAGAAAAUUUAGUAAAAGAGGUCUCCAAAGAUGACAAGCCUGAAGAGAAAGCGUGUGCGAUUGAAAAGGAUCCUUGCGAAGAACAGGAAAAUUCUAAACAGGAUUCGGAUACGUCUUCAUCCGAUAGCGAAGCUGAACACGAUAAUGAUGACGAAACAAAACUCGAAAAUGAAGGGAGCACUGAUCUGGAACCAAAGAUGCCAGAACAAGAACCCGAAGAACAAGAGCAGGUUACAACUAUACAAAAGAACGCUGAACUCGAACUUGACGAACAUGUAGAUGAAAAAGAAUCCGAUACAUCUUCCUCAGACAGCGAAUCUUCCGAUUCAUCGAAACACGAGGACUGUGAGGAAGAAAAGAUGUCUGAAGAUCAAGAGGAACCUAAAUCAGAGGAGGAGCCCGAACAUGAAACAGAGGAGCCAGAGCCUGAACCCGAACCUGAAGCAGAAGAGGAUUUUGAACCAGAGGAACCAGAAGAGAAGCCCGAGUCUGAACCGGAAGAGGAACCUGAACCAGAAGAGCCAGAACCAGAGGAAGAUCCUGAACCAGAAGAACCCGAGGAUGAAUAGAAUCCAAUGACUGAGCCACGAUACCAGUAGGUGGAAGGGUUGUUUAAUAGUGAAAGAAUUCACUUAUCAAAGCAUACAGAUGAGAGCUUUAAUUCCACACAAGUGCUAUAGUGGACCUGGAACAUGGAUCCACAACAUCAGGAAGUAUUUUAAUGUGUUGAAGGAAUGAAAUGAGCGUCAGUGCAUAUUUGAUUUGCAAAUAAGCAGCUGUGUACAUUCCAGGGAAAUGAAUGCCGUUUUGAGACAGAAUUUCCAUAUAUUCCUGUUGGCAUGUAUUUUAUCCCCACAGAGCCUUUUUAAUACAUCUAAAAUGUU